CAUCCCGACCAUGGAUUCCAGAUCGGACGGCUGCGAAGAGCUCGCCGCAGUCACGCGACGCAAGCCCGCGAGGAAACGAGCACGACGCGGCGACUCCCCGCCGCCGGCGCGCCGCGCUCCGCCCCCGCAUCACCCCAUGACGCGAUGCCCUCGCUCCCUUCCCCCGCCGCCGCCGGGCGUCGCCGCCGUAGUCCGCCUCCUCGAGUCCGGCGACCUCCCCGUCGCCGCGCGCCUCGCCGCAGCCACCGCCUCCUCCUCCCCGCUCCCGCUCGCCGCGGUGCUCCUCCACCGCCCGCUGCCCCCGCGGCUCGGCUACUGCCUCCACGCCCGCGCCGCGCGCUCGGGCCUCCUCGCGGACCGCUACCUCGCCAACGCGCUGCUCGCCUUCUACGUCCGCCUCCCGGGCCACCUGCCGCACGCGCUCAGGGCGUUCGACGACAUGCCCCGCCGCGACGUCGUCGCGCACUCCUCCGUCCUCGCCGCGUUCCUCCGCGCGGGCCACCCGCGACGCGCGCUCCUCCAUCUCAGGACCAUGGCCUCCGGCGGCUGCGGCGCCGACGAGGGCGUCGCCCCUAGCGCGCACGCGCUCUCGGCCGCGGCCAAGGCGUGCGCCGUGCUGCGCGACCUCCGCGCGGGCGCCUGCGUGCACGGGACCAUCGUCGUGCGUGGGUUCGGCGACGACGGGAUCGUGCUGAGCGCGCUCGUGGACAUGUACGGCCACGCGGCCGCGCCGGCCGACGCGCGGAGGGCGUUCGAGGAAAUGCGCGCCCCGGACGGGAUAUGCUACACGUCGCUGAUAUCCGCGUUCGUGCGGAACGACUGGUUCAAGGAGGCCCUGCGGUGGUUCUGCGCCAUGGUUGCGACAAAUAGGGUCUGGCCGGAUGGCUGCACGUUUGGUUCCAUGAUGACGGCACUGGGGAACUUGAAGAGAGCGAGGCAGGGCAGGGAGGCGCAUGCGCAGGUUGUGACGCGGGGCCUUUGUGGGAACGUGAUUGUGGAGAGCAGCACGCUCGACAUGUAUGCCAAGUGCGGGAUGAUGGUGGAUGCACGCAAGGUGUUCGACAGGAUGAAGGUCAGGAAUGCAGUUUCAUGGUGCGCGUUGCUUGGGGGGUAUUGUCAAAGCGGGGAGCAUGAGAAGGUUCUCAUUUUGUUUCGGCAGAUGGAUUUGGAGGAUGAUGACUGGUAUAGCUUGGGAACUCUUCUGCGGUCUUGCGCUGGCCUGUCUGCAGUGAAGCUAGGAAAAGAAAUCCACUGCCGCUUUAUGAGGAUGAGAGGGUGUAGAGACAUCAUUGUUGAGUCCGCACUCGUCGACCUGUAUGCAAAAUGUGGUGUGGUAGAAUACGCGCACAGGACUUUUGAUAUGAGCAGUGUCCGCAACAUGAUUACUUGGAAUGCCAUGAUUUGUGGUUUUGCUCAGAAUGGCCAUGGCGAGCGAGCUAUCAGUCUAUUCAAUAAGAUGGUCAGGGAAGGGGUUAGGCCAGACUGCAUCAGUUUCAUUGGCGUUCUUUUUGCCUGUAGUCAUACUGGUAUGGUUGAGGAAGGAAGGAACUACUUCAACUCGAUGACCAAGGACUACGGCAUUGCCCCUGGUAUUGAACACUACAAUUGCAUGGUUGAUCUCCUCAGUAGAGUAGAGCUUCUGGAAGAGGCUGAAGAUUUGGUCAACAAGUCACCAUUUAGAGAUGAUUCAUCACUGUGGGCAGCAAUACUUGGUGCCUGCGCCACACAUACUAACCCUGAUGUAGCAGUAAGGGUUGCAAAGAAAAUGAUGGAAUUGGAGCCUCAAUACCACUUGAGCUACGUUCUUCUUGAAAAUGUAUACAGAACCAUUGGGCGAUGGGAAGAUGCUGUGGAGGUAAGGAAGCUGAGGAAAUCAAGAAAGGUGAGGAAAGAACCUGGGACAAGCUGGAUUGAUGCAAACAGAAGCAAACUGUACGUGUGUAAGGCUAAGGAGGGAGCUUCACAACUUGUAGCCUCUGGGGACAUGAGUGCAGAUGAGGAAGUACAGUCCAUAUAAUUGAUUUGACAUGGUGGUGAUUUGGAUAUCAGAAAUAAUGCUUAUAAGCCAUUUCUGAAUUGUUCAGACGAAUUUUAGCAGGUCUUAUUUUGGAAAGGCUGUACUUUUAUGAAUUGCCUUUGCAAAUUGGCACCAGCUGGCAACUUGCGAAAUCCAGACCAUCAAUUGAUACAAAACAUGAUCCAUUUGCUCUCUAAAGAUAAUCAUAUGUGCUUUACAGUUACAGCAUAUGUUAAUGUCGGUGCAACCACAGAGGCUCUUAGAGGUUGUAGACUACGGGGUUGUUUGGAUCUUUUUAUAAAAGCCAGAUUCCAUGAUACCAGUUUUCCCCUGGUUUUUAGAAUGGUUGGUUGCCCUUGGCCACCAUGGAGACAAAAGGGAUCUGUCAAGCAAGCUAUCCACAGCUGUAGGCUUCCUUUUGUAAGGACGAGCACAUUUAACUGUGCCAGGCUUAGUUAUCAGUAAUCCGGGUUUUCAUGUUUUUCACCUGAUCUUUGCUUCCAGCUGAUAGCAUAACUGGUUUCAGUCAAAGUGUUCCUUCAGAAUUCAAGAUGAGUUAUUACUGUUAAGUAACUCCAGUUUCUAAGACCUUCUAGGAUAGAGUCUCAAACUGUCUAUCAUAUUUUACUACUUGACUUUUUGUACAUUUUAUUUUUCAUUUGUACUAAAUAUUUGAGUAAAUUUUGCA